AUGAAAUUCCAACUUUCGUUUGCCGCUCUUUUCUCUCUUUAUUCAGUCUCUGCAUUAGCAGCAACUACUUCUAAUAAUGCCACAAAGACUGAUUCUGCUGCUGCUGUUGCCUCUUCUUCUUCUUCUAGCUCUACUACUGCAAAUAAAACUUUAGGUACUAAUGGCACUGCAACAACUUCAAGUCAUCCUAAAGCUGCAGAAAGUGCAAAUGCUGCUGCUGCUCCAGUUACUGCGGCCUCAUUAUUAAAUGUCGGUGUACUUGGGGCUGUUGUUGCAGGAAGUGUAGCCUUGAUGCUUUAA